UAUUUAAUUUUUAAUUUCUCUACUUAAUUUAUAUAUAUAUAUAUAUAUAUAUAGCAUCCAAUUGUUUCUUUUUAGGUAUUGUUUCUAAGUUUUGAACUCUGCAUUUGUCAAAGGCGGUAUGAGGAAAAGAAUUAGCGCUCGCAUUAGAAACUUUGUUUCUUGCACUGCUGCAGCGUCCGGGACUAACACUGCUUCCGACCAUAACCUCCCAACCGGGGUGGACGUCCGUGAGGAAUAUGCGAAUGCCUUCCGUACCGAAUCAUACCUUGACUUUUGGACGCGUGUCAUCGCACUAUCCCAUGCCGAUUCUACGACAUGUAGUAUUCCAACUACCGCCAAUCGGCUCCCAUCCUAUCGCCUCUUUGUGGAGCACCUCUUGGAUCCGGACCAACCCACAGCUACCCGUAUCCUGGACUUGUCCCGUAUUCCACCCAUCUACCAAUCUCUCCUCUUCGACUAUUUUACCCAAACCGCCAAUGCUUCUCAUUUAUGUGGCAUUCUUUUAAAAGAUAUUGACCGUGCACGUGUCCUACACCGCUCUAUUAAAACCACCGUUCAGUCUCUCGACGCAACAAACUUCUCCCUGCAGGUACCCGAUUUCGUCAAUCCGUUUGUCUCCACCGCUUCCUCACAGACUCGGGUUCGGGCUGUUCGAGCCAGUUGCUCCGGAUUGCUAAAACAGCUGGAGUCAAGCCGCGACAAGACUCGAGCCAAGCUUCGGCUGGCGAAUAUUUUAAAACGUGGCUCGGCUAUUUUUCUCAUAACGUUGACGGCCUCAGUAACUGUCAUCGUGGCCGCUCAUGCGAUAGUACUGCUUGUGGCUACGCCUGGUCUUAUAGCGGCUUCAUUUGAGCUGGCUUCAGUCAGGAGCCUAGCUAGGGUGACGGCUCAGCUCGAUGCAGCUGCCAAAGGGACUUAUAUACUGAAUAGAGAUAUGGACACAAUUAGUCGGCUAGUAGCGAGGCUGAACGACGAGCUGGAACACAUGCGUGCAAUGCUUAAGUUCUGGGUUGAGAGGAAAGAGGACCGGCUUCAAGCGAGUGAUGAAGUGGCGCGCCAGCUGAAGAAGAAUGAUUGCAGCUUUAGCCAGCAGCUUGAUGAGCUAGAGGAGCAUUUGUACUUGUGUUCCAUGACCGUAAACAGGGCUAGAAAUCUUGUGGUAAAAGAGAUCGUGGGCCCCGGUCAACCUACUACAUGGCCAUAACCAAACAAUUAUCAUCCAAGGAGUAAUUACAAUUUACAAACAUUAAUAUUAUUAUCUUUCUUUCAAUAUGGUCUAAAGUAAAUUUUUUUGUUGCUUAAUAUUUUUUUUUUCUUUUUUUAAUAAGUUGCUUUGUACUUUUUGUCAGUUUGUGUACAUCAAAGACCAUGAGGACCAUGACCAAACUUUUUUUUUUCUUUUUUUUUAUGAAUAGGCAUAGACCAUGACCAAACUUUCAUCCGUAAAACAGGCCAUUAAUUCAUUUGAUUAUUUGGCGCCUGAAUAAUCGGCUUAUAUAUUUAUUUA